ACUUUGAACAUUUCUGCAAAGCUAGAGAAGGUAUCUUCUAAUUUAAAUUUCUUUAAGAAUUAUCUAUUGUGUAAUAUACUGUCAACAGGAGGUCAGUUUUAAAGGAAUACUACUGAUAGCCUGAAAGACUGCGGAAAAGAAAUUCUUUUUCCCCCUUACACACUGAUAGUUCUUAUAUUUAUAUUCCUGCAAUUUUUAUAUUUAAAAAAAAAAACACAUUGGAUUAGCAGCAAGAGAGUUGAAAAUGGCAGAAGUUGGGAAUGACUGCUAUUUCUUUUUUAAUUCCACAUGCAUAAAGGGUUCCCAGUGCCGAUUCCGACACUGUGAAGAGGCCCUUGGCAGUGACACUGUGUGCUCAUUAUGGAGAGAAGGAAAAUGUUUAGAUCCACUUUGCAGAUUUAGACACAUGGAAAUGCAGCAAAACUGCAGUAUUUCAUGCUUCUGGGAAACUCAGCCUCUUGGUUGUGUGAAGAUCAGUUGUAUCUUUUAUCACAGCAAACCUCGAAAUAUCAAUGGAUUAUUUUUGCCACCAAGUAGCAAUAUUACUCUACAGAAAGAAAUUCAGGAAGGAACUCCACCCCUAACCCAGAGUCAGGAACCCCUGAAACCUCAGGAGAAUAUAUCACGACCCAUUCAUCAUCCUUUAGUUUUAAAAACUAACUUUGAUGAAGAAGAGGAAGAAGGAGAUGAACAAAAUGAUGCUUCUAGUUUAUGGACAAAGACUCCUGAAGAAAUUGAAGAAAAAAGAGCAAUAAAGGAGAUGUGUUAUAAAUCUGGUGAAUACUACAGAUUUCAUACUCCUCCAGAUAUUUCAUCAUCAAAAAGCAUAGCUUCUACAGCAGAAAAAGAGUUAGAAAAACCUUUGGAAAAUGGCAGAGAAUUGCAAGAAGGGGAUGGUCUUACAGUUCCAACAAAAUUUAGCCUAUUUGAAAGACAAGGUGAGAUAAAAGCAUUAUUGGAUAGGAAACCAAGGACUGACAUUGCUGCUUUCGAAAACGGAGGAGGUGAUUGUUCCAUUCCACAGAGGAUCAUAUUUCUUGGAGUAGAUGAAAAUGAAGCUUUAACUGAGGACAAAGAAAUCACCGUAUCAAAAUGUUCAAAUAUUAAAGUGAAUGAUGUCCAGCCAGUGAGGAAGCCUCAUUUUAAAGGCGUGAAAAAAAGAAAAUGGAUUUAUGAUGAACCUAAGAACUUUCCUGGCCCAGGAAUGCGAAGAGCAGUGCAGGCCCCAAAUCCCAAAAAUAAAAUGAGUUACCAUCGCAAUCAUAAAAAUGGAAAUGCCGAGAAUGCAUCCCAUAUCCAUGUUCAGAGGGAUGCUGUCAGGACUGUCUCAUUAAGUGCAACUCCCCGCAGCAGACCCACAAACGGUUUCUACAACAAAGUCAAUGUUAACAAGGAACCCAAACUCAACCUCUGCCCAGGUGAGGCUCUUCACUUAUAUGGUUUACUGAUGUCUGUAGUUUACAUACCCAUGGAAUUUCCUAAUGAUCCAACGAAUCUUCACUGCUACCUACUCCUCCCCUCUCCUUUUUCCAGGCCAUCAACACCGUCUUAGAAAACCAGUGAGAGUAUUUCUUCCAUGUGCAGUAGUGAACAUAAUUUAAAGGAUAUGGAAGAAAACAUGUUGGUGCAGAUGACUUGAUAUUGAACUACCUUAGAGUUUUGUCUCAGAUCACUGCACUUUUUCCCCCCGGAUAUCUUUAUUUCACUCUCGAAAAUUUUUUUCAAAUGUUUGACAUUUUCUUGUCUCACUAUCUGCAGUGUUUUAAUUAUCACUUUCAAGCUAAUGCCUUGGCUUUUCUUUAGACCCUCAUGAUUGCUUUCUGAAGGGGUUAGUUAGUUUGGGGUUAACUGAUAUUUUUGACAACCUCACAUCUCUCCCAUCAUGGACAGAUUGCUUCGAAAUCAUUUCAUCAUGUAAUAGGCUAAAUUAUGGUAUGUGUCAGGAAGUACAAGGCCACAAGGAAGGUGGGAACCAAAUAUUUUUUUCUUCAUGUCUCAGAUGAAUUUUUCUCUUUUGAAGUUGGGUUUCACUUUUCUCAAUUUAACAAAAAGUGACUCGAUUACUUAUUAUUUCAUGUUUAUAUUUUCCUAUGUUCACACUCUAGUAAGUGGACCUCUGAGUGUUGUAUGCUUUAUGAAAUAUAAGUAAAAAUUCUAUGUCUCUUUUA